UGCAGUUACUAAUUUACUAUAGAUCAUGAAAAAAGCGUAGGUCAUCAAUCAUCAUCAUUCCCAAAUCGAAGAACUCGAAUCGUCUAGUAACUCAACAGGUGAGAGGAUCUUCUUCCCAAUUUGAUUCAUCCCUUCAUUUUCUUCAACCAAAAACCCUUUUUUCAAUUUGUCUCUACAAUCGAAGAACCCAUAUAGCAUUUCAUUUAAUUGAAUUGAACUUGUUCAGUGUUACUCCUUGUCCUUCUCCCACCACAAAGAUACAAUCUUUAUGCGCUCUUUCUCCCCUGCAAUUCCCUCUUUGUGAUGAAUUUCUUGUUUCUACACUUGGGGUUCGCAAAUUUUUGCGUUUUAUCCUUUUUCGGAGCGUAGGUUCAGGAGAGUUUGUUGUCUUGUUUGAUUGUAAAAUUAGCUACCCUUGUAGCUAAGCAUUUGAUUUAGGGAUUGUAUAUUUGGUUGUGGUCUCAAUAGUUUAUGGGGUUUGCAGAAGAGAAAACAAGAAACCCUUGAUUUUUGGGAGCUUCUGAUUGAAGAGACUCUUUUUAUCUUGUUUGGAUUGUAAAGUAAGCUACCCUUUCGGCUGAAGUUUUGAUCUUUGGGGAAUUGCAAAAGUGUGGUUGGAAAAGUUAGGAGCUUUGGGAAAUGGGGAAGCCUUUGUUCUAUGAGAUCUUGGAGAAGCCAGCAACUAGUUGCAUCAUAGGAAUAUGCAGUGCUAUUUGGUUCUACAUACAGAAGAAGAAUAUUGGAUACUCACAUGUUGGUCUGAGUUAUGAGACUGCCAUUGAAGGGCAUUAUUGGAGGAUCAUCACCUCUGCAUUCUCCCAUAUAAGUGUCAUUCAUCUUGUUUUUAACAUGAGUGCACUUUGGAGUCUUGGGGUGAUAGAGGAAUUAGGGCACUUGGGUCUUGGUGUUGGGUACUAUUUGCAAUACACACUUGUAUUGGUUGUUUUAUCAGGGUUGCUGGUUCUUGGAAUGUACCACAUAUUGAUUCAGAGAUUUAAACUCGAGUAUUUUCGCCGAAUUACAGCUGUUGGUUAUUCGUGUGUUGUAUUUGGGUGGAUGACAAUUCUUGCUGUUAAGCAGCCUUCCUCAAAGUUGGAUCUCUUUGGAUUCCUUUCACUUCCAAUCAGUUUCGCACCGUUUGAGUCGCUUGUUUUUACUUCGAUUAUUGUCCCUCAGGCAAGUUUCCUUGGUCAUUUAUCAGGAAUUGUGAUUGGAUAUGCUAUAGCAUGGGGUUUGAUUCAUGGUAUGAACAAUUACUGGGCACUCUCCUUGUUGGGUUGGAUCAUACUUGUCUUCAUCUUGAGCUUGAAGAGAUCUGGUGCUGUUGACCUCAACUUCCUUGAGAUCGAAUCCGUGACUGAUCCAUCCUUCCCGUCGGUACGGUUUUUGGGAUCAGGCAAUGGCAGAACAUUGCAGAUCAGUGCAUUGCCUAAUGGAAAUGUUGAAUUUGUCUAAUAAUAAGUUCAUAGAAAUAUAUCUUUGUGAUUUUAGAUGUUGCCUUUUGGCAUACUCAACAUGAUAACAAUUUGAUUUUAAUUCUUCCAAUAUAGAAGUUGUUCAAAGCUC